CAAUUAGGACGAAAAUGGCCUCAACUGAAGGCAACAGUCAGACAUACAAGAUGACCUCCUUGGACAGCGACAUCAAUCAACACUUUCAGGAUGCGAUUGAUGUGAUUCAGCAGCAUUCAAAUAAUUCAUAUUAUGAUUCAGAGUACACAUAUUAUGAGACUCUGGGCACUCAGCAGCCAGCGCUGCAGUGUCAGAUAUCCUGCUGCUUCGUCACACAUCCGUCUGAUGUACCAGCUCCGGGAUAUGACUGGAAUGACAUGGCUCAGCAGCCUUGGCCUCAGGUCAUCCCUGAUGUCUCUUUGAGUCGUUCUGUGCAAAAUGAGACGCCUCACUUCUACUUGCCGCCACAGAGGAACAACAAAGGUCGUAAGAAGCUCAGACUUUAUGAGUACCUCCACGAGGCUUUGAACGAUCCCAGCAUGGGCGACUCAAUCCAGUGGACAGACAGCGGCAGCGGCACCUUCCACUUUAUCUCCAAGAAUAAGGAGAAGCUGGCCGAGUGCUGGGGCCAACGCAAGGGCAACCGCAAGACCAUGACCUAUCAGAAGAUGGCAAGAGCUCUGAGGAACUACAGCCGCACCGGUGAGAUCAUCAAGGUGCGCCGCAAGCUCACCUACCAGUUCAACCCAGACAUCCUGAACAGGCUGGGCUCCGCACAGGUGUCCGUGCACGUGCCCUGCCGCCCUGCACAGGAGGAGGCUCACACCCGGCAGCAAAGCCCAGCUGAACAGAGCUACAGCAGCUCUGCAGCGACAGACUGGCACAACUGGUACGGACACUAUCACCUGCAGGAGGACUAUGACCUGGCCUCCAGCUUCACUUCACACAGCACAACCAAACUGUGAGCUGGAGGACGGUUUGAUCACAGAGAAGAAGAAAAAAAAAACCUUGAAAAUAUUUUCAGACUUUCUGGGUCCACAGACAGUGCCUAUAAAAAGUAAUAGU